AUGACCAAACAGGGGAAGUUUGGGAUGUCCUCUUCACUCCAUCUGGCCACUAGUGGCGGAUCCAUGACUGGCCGUCGAGUCAAGAGUUACAAGAGACAGGACAAGGCUUCGGUUGAAGAGACAGUUCAUGCUAUGGAAGACAACCUCUCCACCCUGGACUUUACGUCCGUCGCCAAGAGCAGGUUUUGCGAGGUCGUUCGAUGA